AGUUUGUUUGCUGACUUAGGUUUCCUAUAAGAGUCAGAAACACCUGCUCCUCUGUUAGUUCAGAAGAGGGGACAGUUUGCUCACUGGGAGAAGGAACAGGCAGAGAUGGCUGCAACUACUGCUGAGCCUAUGGGGAGCCUGCCCAGCGGACUGGGGAUAUGCACCACGGCCCCGGAUAUAUUUUACCUGCCUGAACUGGUGUUUGGUGGUUUGGUGUGGAUCCUGGUGGCGUCGACCCAUGUGGCACCACCGAAUCCUCUGGGCUGGGUGAUGUUUGUCUCUGUCUUCUGCUUCGUCAUGACCUUCCUCUGGAUGAUCAUCUUUGCUGCUGGAGGUCAUAAAAACAGCUCUGGCUGGGCUGCUGCUGACUUUGCUUACCACGGACUUGCAGCGUUCUUCUACCUCAGUGCAGGAGUGGCUUUGGCAAACAUCACCAUUAAUGAAAAAACUACAGACACAUUUAAAAACUACCAGAUUGACAUCGCUGCUGUGGUGUUCGCCUACUUAGCCACACUCCUCUACUUCAUCCAUACCAUCCUGUCCUCCAUCCGAUGGAAAAACUUCUGAAGAGUGAUAUGUAUCCAAGAAGUAGGCUACUGUGCAUCCUGUGUGCCUCUGUGUGUGUGUGUGUAUAAUUCAUAAUGAAGAUUUUAAGCCUCAUAUUUAAUAAUAUUAAGUGAAGGUUGAGUUGGUGGAGAAGCGUCCUACAAAAUUAAAGCAUGAAUAAUUAAAGCAAAUGAGUUGCAUCCUAGAAAUGUCAAAUGUAAACAUUUUUAGCCACUAAUCAUUUAACAUAAAAAUUAUCA